GGGCCUGUAUGUAAGGAAGCCUUUACACUCUGUCCAAGCUAAGAAAGUAGAGGACAAGGCACAGGAAGGGUUUGUGAGUGGGCUGUUGGCCCAUGGGAAGGGCGCAGCAUUCUUCGUCCAGCCAGACUGUGGCAUUCUGGGAGCGUUUGAGACUCAAACCAUCGACAUCACAUCCUUCACCAACAUGUGGGGGGAAUACAGAGACCAGCUCAUCUGUAAGGUGGGUGACCUCCAGCCCAAGCUGAUCCCCAUUCAGAUGACAGUGAUGGGCUGUCCUCUUUACUUCCAGAUGAUUGGUCCACAGCCAGACAGACAGAACCAGGGACCAAUCAUACGGUUUGGUACGCACGUCUCUGGAGGAGACACAGUGUCCCGCUCUCUACGUCUAAACAACACAAGCCCCUACGAUAUACGUAUGGACUGGGUGAGCUACAACGUGGACCAGGAGGACAGGAAGCUGCUGGAUGUGGUGGUUGCCUACGGAGACGCCUUUCCCCUGAAGGACGCAGACGGCAAUGAGGUGGUCGGGGGCGGGGCCAUGUCUAAUGAUACUCCGCCCACUUGGGACCGGAGCCAAACACCCAGCACUGAGGGAACAAGCUCCUCCCUCAAGAGCAAGUCUGACCUUGAGGAGGAGGAGGAGGAGAAAGGAGCUCUCCACUCUGCGCCUCCUCAGAAGAGGCUCUUCUCUGUCUUCAUCAGGCCGCAUGAAGGCAACGCCUCCGACUACCCAUACUGCAUCACUCCACAGCAGAUAGAUGUUCCAGCAGGGGGCAGCAGCACCAUCCACGUCUCCUUCACUCCCCUGACCCUGUCAGAACUGACCUCUAACGCUGCCUGUGUAUCCUUCGCUCUGGGCUUCAUGAGCCUUGACUCCAAGGUGUCCUCCUGUAUCCCGGGUAAGGUUCAAAGGGCUCAGGGUCAGGAUCUGGAACCUCUCAGAUUGGACCUCCAGGCCUCUGUCAGACCUGCCGUGUAA